CGUGAAUGUAACCCGGAGCAAGGCGAGGAAGGGAACCUGAGGGUGUGUGUGUGUGUGUUAGUGUUUACAGCCUGCUGUGGCCGUCACUCCUGCCCCUAUUAGAUGUGUCCUGCAGCCCAGAGGAUAUCCCUAUUGCCCCCACCAUGACCAUACCGAUCGAGGCCCUCUACACCAACAGCAGGUUUCCGAGUGGUCCCAGCCUCUUCUUCCUGCUGCUCUACACACCGCUGGGCAUCGUCAUCUUCAUUAUACGAUUAUUCAUAUCUCUGCAGCUGUUUUUGGCAGCUGCAGUUCUCCCCCACAAUACAGCAGUAAGAAAUGUUGUGCUGCGUGUCCUGUACUCUGUGAUGGGCUUGGUGGUGCGGGAAGAGUGUCGCAAGAAUAGAGAUGAUACCUGUCGCGUCAUUGGCACUAACCACAUCACACCAUUUGACCACCUGGCAGUCUCCAUUGUACUUCCCUGUGUGACUCCGAGUGUGUAUGACCUGCCCGGAGCACUGUCAUCUCUGCUCUGCUACCAGGACCUAGGAGUGACCCAAGGCAGGGAGAUUCUCAGAGCAAAUGCUCGAAAUUACCUUUCAAACCCCAAUAACCCUCCCUUGUUGCUGCAUCCUGAGGGCGCCACCACCAGCGGCAAGCUUGCUCUCAUGAAGUAUGGAUCCUGGGCCCUGGAAUUAAAUGGGUCAGUGUUGGUGGCUGGCAUCCGAGUGUGGCGCCUUCCCCUCUUGCCUGUGGCCCCAUCUGUGCUGGGAGCAUCCUGGGCUGCUGAUCUGUGCUUCAUGCUGUUCUCGCCAGUGACUUUGUUCACCAUCAAAUAUGUUGGAAAGAUGAGUCGUAAGGAGAGUGAGAGCGCAGAAGAAUUUGGUGUCCGUGUCCAGGCAGCCACAGCAUCUGCCCUUCAACUCCACACCAGCAAUCACACUGUGGCAGAUAAGGUGGAGUACAUGAAGCGGUUGGCCCGGGAGGCGGCUGCUGCCUCAAACCCCAUGCUGAGCCCUCAGGUGCACCGCAUGGCCCAGCAGGUGCAGGAGGUCCUGCCUCACAUCUCCCUUGACCGCAUCAAGAGGGAUUUAGUUCACACUCAGAAUGUUGACUUGACAAUCACAAACUUCCUGGAGGAUAACGUGCCAGAGCCAGUACCUGAGCCUCAGCCAGUCCCCUCAAGGGUGGAUCCUGCCAGAGUAAGUCCCCAGUCAUCUGAUCUGAGGUCUUCCUCACCCAGUGCUACUCCGCUGCCCUCAGCCUCUGCUGAGGUGAAAACCACUGCUGACAGAGGGGAAUCAUUAGGUCGAAAAUCACAGUCAGAAGUGUCAAUGAGCACAGCAGCAAAGUCUUUUGGUAAGUCUGCAUCGGAGAGAAUGACUUCCUUUGAAACUAGAAAAGCUCAGCUGAUAGAAAAUGCAAGGAGAAGAUAUAUUGAGAAACAUGGCCUCACAGUGCCAGGCUACAAUUGCUGACAGUUUUUGCAAUAAUUAUUCUCUCCAUUGUGUGGAGUUUGUGUUAGAUAACAUUAUCACUUAUAGGAGCUCUUAGUCAGAGCUUGGUGGCUGUACAGUAGAUUUCUUUGUUUAUAAAGGAAAUUAUCAAGUUGAGGGCAGUAAAUGGAUCACAUUUUGUUGCAUACCAUUGGCUCUUCUUGGGGACUGUUCAGUAAUUCUCACAGAAUAUUUUUCAGAAAGUUUAUGAUCAGCUCAGUAAAUUACUGAAUAGCUGUUGAAGGUUAAAGAUUCAAAAGGUACAGUUUUCCUUAUGAUGUGUGCAUUAACCUGUUCCCUGUCAGUCUUGCUGCCUCUCCUUGCCGCAGCACUGGUCUUGUGUUUCCUGACCUGUUACUUGUUUGUUAGCGUUGAGUAAGUCGCUUUGCCAGGCUGCAGUCAUUGCCAGAAGGAAACUGGCAUUUAUAAGAAUAUGACUGAAGUAUUCUUUCACUUUGCCUAUGAAUAAUUUUAUACUCCGCUUACCAUAGAUUCCUAAUUUCAUGGAUCUGGAGCUAUUAUUAUUAUUAUUAUUAUUAUUAUUAUUAUUAUUAUUAUUAUUGUUGUUAUUCUUAUUAUUAUUUUUAUAUUUAGCUUGAAUGUAUUGCCAUUGUGUGUUCACUUUGUUUGAAUAAUAAUCUUCAAAUGCUAUUAUAAGACAAGUCCUACAAUGUAUUUGAACAGCAAUAUCAUGAAGUAUUGAAAUAAACUCACUUUUGUUUUUUGAUAACUACAGCAGUACCAUGUAUCAUUGAUGGUAUUCCUUGAAGUGAUUCAGUUGUACAAUGCAAGGCAGACUUUGGAUAAUGCUUCAGGAAACACACACCCUAAGACAAGCUUUGGCUACUUCUGUGGAAGAUAUCCAUCACUUUAUUUUUUUUAAUUUUUUUAUUUAAAAUUUUUUUUUUGUACUUGGUGAAACAAGAUGUUGAUGCCAUAGCCUACCUGAGUAUGGCAGUGACCCACAGGUGCACAGUGACUGCCCAUUGUGCCAGUUGUGAUUGUGCAAAAUGUUGUGCAUACAGAUUUUGCCUAUCUUGUUAAGCAUAGUUAGUAUAAUAGGUAGCUUUACAGAAUUACACUCACCUCACACAGGUAGAUGAAACUCUUCUGCUUUAUUUUGUUGUGCGGUAAGUAAUGUGAUGAAUUUGAUUGUUAUACACAUAAUUACUGUCAUAACUUAUCUUUUUGUACCCAGUCUAACCUAGAUAAUUGUCAUGUACAGCCUCUCAACUUGCCUUUUAUAAUAAGUUACAAGAGCGACAGUAAUGGUGCAUAUGACAAUGAAACAAGCACAUACGGUGAUGGUGACCAGAAAACAUCAACAUGUUAACCUAAGUGGGACGUGUGUAAAACUGUAACAGUACCUGGUAGAAUUUAUGGAGACUUGACUUUCCCUGGGUAUGCAUAGGUGGGGUUCAGAUCAUUACAGUAUAUAGUGGCACCUUCAAUGUGUGUUCACACCAGCAGUUUUCUACAACCACAACCACAGCUGUGCUCACUCACUCCAGCCACAAUGACAAGGUGCUCCAGUGUUCAUGCUGCACAAUACUCCUCAUUCUCAGUGUCCUAGCUAGUGUGAUAUUACUACAGUACUAUUCAUUACUUAUCUAGAGUAAGCAGUAAUUGUGUAGUCAUGAGUGAUUUAUUCUAAGUAACAUUGAGUACAAAUUACAAGUAAAUAAGAGGUAUUAUAGGAUCAAGUGAAUUCUAUUAAAAAUAGUGGUACAUGUUAUAAAUUCACUGUUAUUCCACUGCAUCUUUUUUGUAUGGUAAUAAAUUUACAGAAUGAAUAACAAUCAGAACUCUAUUGGAAGGAAAAGAAAUACUUGUACAGUGUCAGACUGUUGUCUCACUGUGCAGUAUCUUGUCAUAUCCCUUAAGUAACCUUAUCUUUGGAUUCCAAUGCUCGAGUCAUAUCUAGACAGGUGUUGUACCCAGCUACAGCUUCUGGAUAAAGUAAUCAUGAUAACCACAACGCAAAUCCAUGUUAUCUGGUUUUGUGGUUACAGUUGCCCUGGUAAGCUUGACGUGGUUAUCUGCUGCCCUUUAUACCCCCACCAUGCCUCUGUGUUAGCAAUAUGUGGCAUCUGUUACUGAACAGCAUCCAGCCUUGGUGGGUGAAUGCAUAUGCCUGAAGAGAUUGGUGGGAUUGAAGCCCUCUGAUCCAAUAACUCAAAGCUUGAAUGAUACUGAUUGUGCCAUACAUAAGUUUGACACCUGACACUUGAUAGGAUUUUGUUGGCUCUGUGUCUUGUACAAGUUCACAAUUUUACUUUUCCUUGCACUCACCUUCUGGAGUUGGAAAUUACUUAGUGAUAUAACUCAAGAGCCACAGAAUUUGGUAUGAAGACCUGCUUAUGCUCUGAUUCUCAUUUUACCUCGCUAUUUUUAUUUUUUGUUUUGUUUUUCCCACAUUUUCACUUUGACAUCUUGCAGUACUUCCUAGGGAGCAUCACUACUACUGAUCUCUGUAAUGACAGAUCUUGAAACACUGACAAGUUGUUCUGGAGCCAGCAGUGAGAGAGAAACAGACAUGCAGGAUGAUUAGGAUUGGAACCACUGGUCCAGCAUUCACCAGAUAGAGAUGACAUGAAUGAUCCCCAGUGACCCAAUAGAACUUGUUGGCAUGUCCUCUUGCUGUGUCAGUACAAAACUGCCUGUGUGAAUCCACCUUGACACAUUUCAUCUGGGAGUCUUAUGGUAUAGCUUCACUGUCAUUAGUCACCCAUAUUGUGCUGGUGUUUGGUGAUUCUCUCAUGUCAGAUUUUUGAUGGACAGUACAAUAGCAUCCUUUCCAUGUACAUCUUUUUUUAUAAAUGCUUAUGAAUUCAAAAGUACUCAUACAUGUACUACACUUAAAAUUUGCAUGUGUAUUGUACAUAACUGUAUAGUAAUUCAUUAAGAUCUGUUACAGAGUUCACUUCGGGAUUCUCAUAACAUAAUAACUCAUCAUGAUUUAGUUUUGCACUACAUGCAUAGCAAAUCUCCAGCGUUGGUGGCCUGUGAAAUGGAUGGCUGCUCACUCUCAGCAUCAUGUGUGUUGUCAUUUUUAAGUAAAAGUACCUACAGUACAUAGAAUUACAACACUUGUAUGUAUAUCUUGUGUGAUUGUGAUAUUAGAUGUCUUCCCAGAUUUCCUUUAGAUCCACCAUAUUAGAAUAACAGUUUCUUUUUCAGAUUUUAUACAUUUUAAAUUUAAACAGUACUGCUGAUGCUUAAUGUCUUGUGUAACACUUCAAUGAUUUUCUUAACUCUGAUCCUACUUUAUUAGUCUAAAUAUGCAAGUCUGUUUGACAUCUGCAGCAAGUAAGAAGUAUCUCCAGUAAUUCUUGAAGAGCUGCAAAUGCUACAAAGGCAAGAAAAAAGAUCUUGCUAGUGUGUGGUAGAUCUUUCUCAUUCAUAGUAAAGGACUGUGGUAUCUUCAUAUAAAGGACUGUGAAAAAUUAAUCCUAAGGAGGUAUCUGCCACUUUUGUUAAAUAAAUGUUGAACGUAAAAUCCUGUUACUUGAUCAAAACACUAAUUUUUACUAUUUACAGCAUACUUUAGUACCUUCCUGUAACACAUGUUAGCACUGUAAACACAUAGUACUGUUAUAUUGAAAAGUUAUGGUUGCUGGGCAUAAGUUGUCCAUGUUGAAUGUAAACGCAAAUACAGAACAUUAAAACUAAGUAUUUCA